AUGGCAACACGCCGCGUUUUGGUGACGGGGGCCGGCAGUGGCAUCGGCAAGGGGAUUGCCGCCUACCUCUGCAACAAGUCCCCGGCCAAGCAUGGUGUCAUGAUCACCGAUCUCAAGCUGGAGACGGCCCAGGCUGCCGCCGAAGAGCUGCGUGCAGCCGGUGGCAAUGUUAUUGGGGCGUAUGCCCUUGACGUCAGCAACAAGGAUUCCAUUCGCGAUCUCAUGGCCCAGCUGCAAGACAACCCGCCCGACGUGCUGGUCAACAAUGCCGGUAUCCAGCAUGUGUCGCCCCUCGAAGACUUUCCCGAUGACAAAUGGCAACUGCUCGUCGACGUCAUGCUGGUCGGCUGUGCUUCCAUGACAAAGGCCGUGUUGCCCAGCAUGCGCGAGAAUGGUUAUGGUCGCAUUGUCAACAUCGGAAGCAUUCACUCCCUCAUUGCCAGCAAGUACAAAUCGGCCUACGUGGCCGCCAAGCACGGCCUGGUUGGCUUCUCCAAGGUCAUGGCCCUUGAGACCGCUGAUUGCGAUAUCACCAUCAACACUGUGUGCCCUGCCUACGUCAUGACCCCGCUGGUCGAGGCCCAGAUUGAGGGCCAAGCCAAGGCCCAUGGCAUGACCCGCGAGCAAGUCGUUGCCGAAAUCUUCCUGAAACCCAUGCCCAAGCAGGCCUUCAUCUCUCUGGACGAGCUGGCCGGCACCACCGAGUUUUUGAUGUCGGAUCACGCUCGCAACAUCACUGGACAGACUCUUGCUCUUGACGGCGGCUGGACUGUCCAAUAA